AUGAGUAGAAAGGCACGGACACUUGCUGGUAUGUUGAGAGAAGUUGAAAGAAAAAAUGAAGAGCUUGGUGCAUUGCUGAAGUCACAGCAGGCUGAAUCAGAAAGAGCCCAGAGCGACAUAGAGCAUCUCUUUCAACAUAAUAGGAAGUUACAGUCUGUGGCUGAAGAACAUGAAAUACUGACAAAAUCCUACAUGGAACUUGUUCAGAGGAAUGAAAUUACUGAAAAGAAAAAUAAAGAAUUGCAGAUCACAUGUGAUUCUCUGAAGAAACAAAUUGAGACAGUGAAAAAGUUGAAUGAGUCGCUCAAGCAACAAAAUGAAAAAACUGUUGCCCAAUUAAUAGAAAUAGAAGAACAGAGAAAAGAAGUACAGAACCAACUAUUAGACAGAGAAUGUAAACUAGCAAACUUACAACAAAAAACAAAAAUACAAGAAGAAAAAAUUAAAGUCUUACAAAAAGAAAGGGAAGAUAAGGAAGAGACCAUUGAUAUCCUUAGAAAAGAAGUAAGCAGAUCGGAACAUAUAAGAAAAGAAUUGAGCAUUAAGGCUUCCUCACUAGAGGUUCAAAAGUCCCAAUUAGAAAGUCGUUUGGAAGAGAAAGAAUCGCAAGUAAAACUUCAGCAAGAGGAGUUGAACAAACACUCUAAUAUGAUAGCAAUGAUCCACAGUUUAAGUGGUGGAAAAAUAAACCCAGAAACUGUAAAUCUCAGUUUAUAG